UACUGUAGUUCAAACUAAGCAGAAUGACUGGAAACCAAAAACUUGUAAUAAUAAUUAUUUGUACCUUGAUGGUUAUGAUGUCUAUAUAUUCAGUUGGUUUACCCACAGCUCCAUCUAAACCUAAAACUGGACUCAAAUGGGGGAUCUGGAAUACAAGUUACCCCUGGCCAGGAGAUAAAGAAUGUGGAGGAUUUGUAACGAGAAUAGCAAAACCAGGAACCAUCCCUAUGAGAGCUCUAGCUUCCUACCCUGGCUCUGGGAAUACUUGGAUCAGAUAUCUGAUUGAGGGUGCCUCAGGGAUCUAUACUGGGUCCAUAUUUGUUGCUAAGUCAAUUACUGAUGCUGGACAUCUCGGGGAGCUGAGGAAUUUCAGUGAUGGGUCUACAAUUCUUCAAAAGACCCAUCACAGAGCCAUCUACCCAUACGGUUAUAGACAGUAUAACAUUACAUGGAGAAGAGAACACAUAGAGCUGUUCCAAGGAAGAGCUAUAGUUGUGGUUCGUAAUCCAUUUAAUUCCAUUCUUUCCUACUGGAACUUUUACAAAACGGGUAGUCAAACAGCAUCAGCAGACAGGAACAGUUUGCUUUCAAAGGAAUUCCAGGACUUUGCUUUUGUUGGAAUCAACCGUUGGUAUGAGCUUAUCUCAGAUUGGUUGGAAUAUGGGAAAGAUGUUUACUUUGUGUUUUAUGAGGAUCUAAAAGAUGACCCUGUAGAAGAAAUACAAGCUUUGUUUGGCCAUCUUGGGAUAGAACUCGACCUGAACAGACUGGAGUGUAUUAAGAAACAUCUCACUGGAAAAUUUCAGAGAAAGAACCACGUUGAGGAAAAUCUAUAUUCUUUUGAUCAUCAAGCUUUGUUUAAACUUGUUAUAGAUGCUGCUAGCAAGAGGAUAGAGGAGAAGACUGGUAGAUCACUUCCUCUUCAUAAAUAUAAUUUCUAUAAAUAGCAGUGCUUAGGAUCCAUUUCGUGUUCAUAAGAAUUCAGAUUCUUGAAUGGUUCUUUUGAAGCUUAAAUUUGUGUACGCUGUUUGACUUUUUGACUGUCUGAUUUUAUCUCUAAUUUUCAUAAUAUUUUUUAAAGAGAUGUUUCCAUUGGCUUUUGUGAAAAAAGUCACUGAUUGCCAAAUAUUAAGAGUUUGUGUGUGUAAUAAGUUGUUUUGAUAUAGGAAGACGACAUUAAAUCAAUCUGUAAAAGCAAACUUUGCUUUUACAAUGUGUAAAUCAACUUAGUAUUUGCACACCUGCUGUGUUUCAUGUUCAUCAAACAUUUUGAGUCAAAAAGUUGUUUUUUAUUUUUUCUAGUUUUAUGGGUAACAUAAACAUUGUCUUACUUUAAUUCUUAUAUUUUUAUAUCAUAUUUUGAACAUUCAAGGUGACCCCAAAAUUAAGGGAUUAGGGGAAAAAGCUACUAAAAUUGAAUUCAGGUAAAAAUUGGUGAUGGAACCCAAUUGUAACCUUGUACCCUUGUAACCUUGUAACCUUGUAACCUUGUAACCUUGUAUCCUUGUAACCUUGUAACCUUGUAACCUUGUAACCUUACUACUUCUUUUAUAAAUAUCUAAAUAUCUUUAUCGUCUUCUCAUUUUUUUUCUUUCACUGUCAAUCCAAUUUCUUCUACAUAUAUUCUGGUAGUUAUUUAUUAUCAGAAAUAUGUAUACUACAACAUAUAUUCUGGUAGUUAUUUAUUAUCAGAAAUAUGUAUACUGCAACAUAUAUUCUGGUAGUUAUUUAUUAUCAGAAAUAUGUAUACUACAACAUAUAUUCUGGUAGUUAUUUAUUAUCAGAAAUAUGUACACUACAACAAAUAUUCCAGUAGUUAUUUAUUAUCAGAAAUAUGCAUACUACAAAAUAUAUUCUGGUAGUUAUUUAUCAUCAGAAAUGUGUAUACUACAACGUAUUUUCUGGUAGUUAUUUAUUAUCAGAAAUAUUUAUACUACAACAUAUAUUCUGGUAGUUAUUUAUAAUCAGAAAUAUGUAUACUACAAAAUAUAUUCUGGUAGUUAUUUAUCAUCAGAAAUGUGUAUACUACAACAUAUCAGAAAUAUGUAUACUACAACAUAUAUUCUGGUAGUUAUUUAUUAUCAGAAAUAUGUAUACUACAACAUAUAUUCUGGUAGUUAUUUAUCAUCAGAAAUAUGUAUACUACAACAGAAUAAAAGAAAGAAAAAUCUUUAAUUGCUUUGUGUAAAAAUAUACAUGACUGGUAAAAAUCAAUCCUGGCACGGUAUAAUUUUCAAAAUUGUAAAUAAAGUUAUUAA